AUGGAUUGUGGAUCGCGGGAGCGAGGGGACGUACCAAGCUACGGGGUGGGGGGGUGGUGUAGAGUGGCGAGGGCAGAACGACGAGCGGCGAACGCCGACGAUAGAGAGAAGAGAGCGCCCAUAAGCGAUUCCUCGCGCCGCCCUCAAGCGUGCCGCGCGCCGCCAUGCAAUCGCCGCUGCGCGCUGCUCUGCUCCUGCCCGCCGUCUCUCCUCCAUACCUCCUCUCCUCCUCCUACCUCCGCCCUCCUCUCUUUUCUCCUCCCUCCUCUCUCCUCCCUUCUCUCUCCUCCCUCCUCUUCUCCUCCCUCCUCUCUCCUCCCCUCCUCUUUCAUCCCUCCUCUCUCAUCCCUCCUCUCUCCUCCCUCCUCAUCCUCCUCCUCCUCCGCCCUCCGUGUGUUUCUCUCGUAA